CCGCAGUCUUUCCCGCAGAAGUUCGCAGCAGGGGUUCUUCUAACUUCUGGUGACAUGGCUACCGGAAGCACGACACUACCGCCUGCUUAUUCCACCGUGAGGCCCUCGCCAAACCGGCUGCAGGCCACGGGGACACUCGCUAGCACCCUCGCUGCAGACAUCUACGACCAUGAAAAGGAACUCGCGUUGCCGACCAGCCCUCUCAAGGCCUCUCUCCUCUCGCGGCCGCCUGGCGCCCAGCCGGCUGUGCGUGGCGCGGUGCAGGAGGCCCCGCCGCCCGCCAAGAGCAAGAUACAGAAGCUGCGGGAGGAGCUGCUGACGUCUAAGAGGGCGGCGGCCAUGACACAGGCACCGGCAGCCAAGAAGCCGCCAGCCGAGGGGGCUCCUACAGCACCGGCUGCUGCCGCUGCUGGUGUUGAUGUGGGAGGGACGAUGCUGCUCACAUCGACGAUGCCCCAGGCAGCAGAGGGGUCAGUAUCCGUGUCGGCAUCGGCGUCGGCCUCAGCGACAGCCACACUGACGGCCACUGCAGUGGGCAGCCCGCAGCAGCUGUGCGUGGAGCUCCUGCUGGCCGGCUGCGUGCAGUCCUUCAUUGACUUUUUCGUCAUCACACACAGCGCAGAGGACGUCAUGGCGUCCCUGGGCGAGAGGGCGGGGGACGCCGCUAAGCCCAGAAGGUUCAAACCCGUCGAAAUGGAGAAACCAGGAAAGGGGCCUGUCUCAGCGGCGCCGGCAUCCCAGCAGCAGCAACCGGCAGAAGGCAUCUCGACAUCCUCCACUACCCUACAGCCCCUGCAGACGGCCCCUGCCGUGCCCGAGGAGACCCUGGUGUUCCUCAAGGAGACGCUCGAGUCGGCAGAGACGGCCAGGCGGCUCGGCCCCACCUACCUCUCUCAGUGCUUCGAGCAGUACCGUGUGGUUGCCGAGUACUUUGAGAAAAUCCACGACCUCGACUCCGCCCGGUACUUCCACAGGCGGUGCGGCGAAGUGGUCGCCGCCGGCAUUGCCAGCAAGGGCGGGGCGGGGGCGGGGGGAGAGGGGGAGACGGCGGGGCUUCGUGAGUGUCUGGCCAAGUCUCUGUUGAGUCUGGGCAUCUGUGACGAGAGGACCAACAAUUGGGCUAGCGCCAAGGAGCACCACGAGCAGGCGUUGCGUGUGGCGUCGGCCAAGUCGGAGAGGCCGGGCAGGGGCGCCCCAGCCACAGCAGGGAGAGAGAGGGGCGGCCCGCCUCAGGAGGGUGGACGUCAGAGCGACGAGGAGGUGGUGAGCCUGCCGCUGAUGCUCAAGUCUGCCAGCCGCCUUGUAGAGGUCUACAAAGUACUCGCAGCCAAAUGCGAACGGGUCAGCUCCGCCCCCCCCCCCCGGCUCACCUUUGUUCCGUGUCUCGUCAGAAUAACGUUGUCUAUUGUUUCCACAACGCCUAAUGUGCAGGAGGGUCGCUAUGAGGCAGCAGCACAGAGCUACGAGCGGUGUGUGGAGUGCGCGCGGCUGAGCCGGGAUUCUGCAUUGGAGGGCACGGCAUGCUACAACCUCGGCAAGGCCAAGCUCAGACUCGGUAGGGAAACCAACCAUACGAGGCGGGUGAGGUGAGACACGAUCAAUCGGCCGAUGCCCUCCCUGGUUGGCUUGUUGGCUGUUGACUGGCUGACAGGUUCGUAUCACGAGGCGGCCGCCCUUCAGCAGCAGUACCUUGACAUAUGCCGGUAGGUGCGGCGCUGUGUGGGGGUGUGAGAGGUCGAAAGAUGCGGCAGAGAGACACAUUCGUGUGUGUGAAUGCGUCGGUUGCAGGACUCACGGCGAUCGUGUGGGCGAGAGUGCCGCUCGUGCGUCUCUGGCUCAGGCGCAGCAAGCCCUCGGCAACACACAGGUAGGUAACACAGGGGUCUCACACACAAGGAUGCCAGUGUCAAUGUGUCUCUGUGUCUCUGUCGUUGAUGGAUCUAUUGAUGGGAUGGCCACACAGGAGGCGGUGCGGCAGCUGGAGCAGCUCCUGGCUGUGGCCAACGAGGCCGUAAGCGCACAGUGCACAACCACACCCACACCCGCACCCACACCCAUACCCACACUCGCAUGUAUGCAUACCUCUUGCCAUUCAGGGGGAGCUUGAUGCCCAGACUGGGGCGUGUCUCAACCUGGGCCUGCUGUACAGCCAGCGGGCCGAAUACGACAAAGCUGUCGACCUGCUCGAGCAGCACUUCGACCUCGCAAGGCAAGACUGGACGCCACCAAUCAACACAGAUGAUGAUGCGAUGCAUCCCUCCCGUGUGAUGUGUGUUGUAUUGUGCAGGCAGCUGGGUGACCGCAAGCUGAUCGACUCUGCCCGUGUGCUGCUGGGAGUGGCUCGAGGCAACGGCAAGCUGACUCCAUACAUCGACGUUAUAGGCACCAGCCUCGACCGACUGCUCAAAUGGAAAUCUCGCCGGGUGCCCAUCGACCAGCCCGAGACAUAAUUAUUGCUGCAUUCAUCGACGCGUAUACACCAUGGCCACACGGACGAAAUGAAGGUGCAGCUGCUGCCGUCUGUGUGUG